GGCUCUAGCCAAUGGCUUGGUGAAGGCGUGGCCCGGCUCCAGAAGAUGGCGGGCAUCGGGUGGCUGGCGCUUCGGACACUGCCCGGGUGCGGCUGGGUGCGCGGCUCCGGCCCAGCCGUGCUGAACCGGCUGCGCGACGCGGCCGUGGUGCGGCCCGGCUUCCUCAGCCAGGCGGAGGCCGACACGCUGAGCCGCGAGGUGGACCCGGAGCUGCGGCGCCGGCGCUACGAGUACGACCACUGGGACGCGGCUAUCCAUGGGUUCCGGGAGACAGAGAAGUCCUGCUGGUCAGACAUAAGCUGGGCCAUCCUGCAGCGGGUCCAGGCAGCGGCCUUUACCCCUGAUCAGACUCUGUUGUCCCCGGUCCAUGUGUUAGACCUUGAGCCUCGGGGAUACAUCAAGCCCCACGUUGACAGCAUCAAGUUCUGUGGGUCCACCAUUGCUGGCCUGUCCUUGCUGUCCCCCAGUGUCAUGAAGCUGGUGCACACCCAAGACCCUGCACAGUGGCUGGAGCUGCUGCUGGAGCCUGGCUCCCUCUACAUCCUAAGGGGUCCAGCACGCUAUGAUUUUUCCCACGAGAUCCUUCGAGAUGAAGAAUCAUUUUUUGGGGAGCACCAGGUCCCCCGGGGCCGACGUAUCUCAGUGAUCUGCCGUUCCAUCCCUGAGGGGAUGGGGCUAGGGAGGCGGGGACAUCCACCCCCAGCCUGAGAACCCUGGGACCAUUCCCUGGACAAUGAACUUGAGAAUAAAACUGGAGAAGGGAUGACACAGGCAUCAUCAAAUGGCUGUCUGCUGUGGCUGUAACCUGCCAGGGAGACUCAGAGUGACACCUGCCCACACAGCAUGGUGGCUACCAUCAAGGCCAAGAGAAUAUGUUUUUAUUGUGUUCAUUGUUGAUGCCCCAGUCCCAGGCUCCCCUCUCUCAUCACUGUAUGAGGUUCCCAAUAAAUGUCACCAAGCCUUUCAAGGCC